AUACAGCUAAGGAAUAGAGGCAACAUGUUCUACACACAUGUGCUUAUGAGUAAGCGAGGGCCAUUGGCCAAAAUCUGGCUUGCUGCUCACUGGGAGAAGAAACUCACAAAGGCUCAUGUAUUUGAAUGUAAUCUAGAGAUAACCAUUGAAAAAAUUCUUUCACCUAAGGUGAAAAUUGCACUUCGAACUUCAGGACACCUUCUUUUGGGAGUUGUGCGAAUCUAUAAUAGGAAGGCAAAAUAUCUUUUGGCAGAUUGCAGUGAAGCAUUGCUUAAAAUGAAGAUGACAUUUCGCCCAGGACUGGUGGACCUUCCAAAAGAGAAUUUUGAAGCUGCUUACAAUGCUAUUACACUGCCAGAAGAAUUUCAUGAUUUUGACACCCAGAAUGUGAAUGCUAUUGAUGUUUCAGAACACUUUGCUCAGAACCAAAGCAGACCAGAGGAAAUCACACUUAGAGAAGAUUAUGGUAAUGACCUACUUUUCCAAGCUGGAAGCUUUGGGGAAGAACCUGAAAUUCUCAGAAGACAUAGCUUCUUUGAUGACAACAUAUUGCUGAAUUCCAGUGGUCCUCUAGUUGAACAUAGUUCUGGAAGCCUUGCUGGAGAAAAGUCUCUGUUCUAUGACAGUGGAGAUGGAUUUGGAGAUGAAGGGGCUGCAGGAGAGAUGAUUGACAAUCUACUGCAAGAUGAUCAGAAUAUCCUGUUAGAAGACAUGCAUUUGAGCAGAGAAAUUUCUCUGCCUCCUGAGCCUCCUGAUACUAUAGUGGUGGAACCAGAUAAUCCAGAGUAUAUAUGUCUACCUGAAAAUGGAAAAAUGGAUGACACAUUAUCAAAUGAAGAACAAGGAUUUACCCUUGACCCAAUUGAUGCUUCAGACUUUGCUGAGAAGAGAAAAGGCAAAAAGAGGAAAUUGCUCAUAGAUCCAAUCAAGGAGAUCAGUAGCAAAAUUAUGCAUAAACAGCUUACUUCCUUUACGGACACACUCAUGGUUUUGGAACUUGCACCUCCUACCCAAAGAUUGAUGAUGUGGAAGAAGAAGGGAGGAGUGGACACACUUCUGUCAACUGCUGCCCAGGAUUUGACUCAUGCUGAACUGAAAAUGUUGUUUACAAAAUGCUUUCUGUCCUCUGGCUUUAAACUUGGAAGAAAAUUGAUACGGAAGGAAACAGUAAGGGAAGAAGUGGAAAGCAAAAACAUAAUAGAGACCUCUGUGAUGGAAGAACUAAAUUCUCAGCGAGACUUAAAUCAAUCCAAAAUGUGGAAGGAUGUGAUUGAUGGAUCUAACUGUAGCUCUCAUGAGGAUAUCAAUAAAAAUACUAGUUCCGAGCAGGAUAUUGUUGAAAUGGUAUCUUUAGCUGCUGAGGAAUCCUCUUUAAUGAAUGCCAUCUUAGCACAAGAAAAUGAGACUCGUACAGUGGAGUUGGAGUCAUCGGAGAAUGAACAUAAUACUGAGACAGAGAGAUGGAAUCGAAGAAUUCUUCGGAUCUUACAUAGUUUGAGGGAAUCCAACAAGAUGGGAAUGCAGUACUUUAGUCUGAUGAAACUCUGCAGAAAUAGUGACCGAAAACAGGCUGCUGCCAAAUUUUAUAGCUUUCUUGUCCUAAAAAAACAGCAGGCGAUUGAGCUGAGCCAGAGUACUCCCUAUGCAGAUAUUAUAGCUACAGUGGGACCAAUGUUCCAUAAAAUGUGAAGGAAAUCCAGAACAGGCAGAUUUAUGUAAUCAUUGGAUUUUCUGUGUAGACCAUUCAGUUUAAUGCAGAAGCUGUGUGGAAGUAGCUUAAAGUCUGAUCCAUUUCAUAUACAGGCUAACUCUUAUUUCCC